GUCUAUUGUCUUGUCAAAGAAAAAUGUGAAAAGUCAAGUUACUUCUAAAAAUAUAAUCCACGGUAUAUAGAUCACUUAUUAUUCAAUACGUGUCAUUGUAAAAUGAUAAAUUCUUAAGUUUUACACUGUAAUUUAUUAUCAGUGUUUUUAUUAUACUAACCUACAACAAAAACUAAUAUGGCAAGGUCGCCGACUGAUGAUUUAAGAUUCGGCGACAUACCGCUCAAUAGCUGGAAUUUCUGCACGGAAACAGGUGACAACAGUCCACCUGGUACAAUAAACGAGAGAAAACCCACACCGAUUCCAGGCAAUCCCGCUACGAUGGCAGAAAAUAAUAUUUACAACCCCCAAAAUUACAGCAAAGAUGUUUAUCUAAAUAAACAUCAUUUUAAUGUUCAAACUAACGAAUGUAUUGGAAAUAAAGAAGAAAACUGUUCGUAUAAUGCACCUAAUGGUUCUAUAGGCAACGCAAACUAUGGCAAUGCAAUGCUUAAAUUAGAUAAUGGGCAGUUGGUAAGAGUAUUUUAUGAUGAAAACAAUCAACAACUUAUCUUCCCUAAAUCUGGUCAGUAUGAAUUGUUUAACAACAACCAGGGUCUAUGUGAUAUGCAACAACACAAUUUGUUUAGUAGGAAUCAAGAUUUUACUGUCCCCAACAGUCAUAUUCCUGCUCAAACGAAUGUACCUAGUAAUUCAUUCUGUCAAGAAAAUGUGCAGUCAAAUAUGCCAACAUCAAACUUCCUGAAAGAAGUGUUAGGUAACUGGGAGCCAAACUCUUCAGGUACUUAUUCACCAUUUGGACAAAAUUACCCAUUGAAUCACCCUGAAGCACCUUCUUUAAAUAUGUUACCAAACAACCCCAUGUUAGAUCCGAUUACUCAAUCACUUAAGGCGGAGAGUUCUCCAAAGAGAAAUGAGAACAGUCCGUUGGCUGACACAAGUAACAAGAAGCGUAUUGUGGCAGAAGUAAAGCCAAUGCGCCCCUCAUACUCAGAUGUAUUGGCUAAAAAUACUAAAAACAACCCUCAACCAGAUAAUACUAAAAAAGUAAAACCACAGAGUGUUGAAACUAAAAACAAGCCAAAUUCCAAAAAUGAUAAGCCACUCACUAACAUAAAGUGUAAUGAUGAUAAGCAUAAAACUGAUAAAAAACAAACCAAUACAGUAUCCUCUGGCAGUGAAUCAGGGGACAUCAAUGCUGAUGAUACAGACAGAAACAAAAAGACAAAUAAGAAAUCCAAGAACAAACGUAGCAACAUGACCAGAAGAUGGUCGUCCCUAGAUGACUUAAAUGAUGAGAACGGAGCUAAAUUUGAACAAACCAAUGAGAGUCAAUUUGUCUUCAUACAGAACAACAGUGAUAAAUCUCAUAAAAAAGAUAAGAAAGAAAACAAAACAAAGAAUGUUGAGAAGAGCAACAUUGAGAAUGAUUUUAAGAUUGAUGAUGAUGAAGAUGAUCAAUCUGAAUUCAUCCUCCAUGAUGGUCAAACUGAAACAUCUAAAGUAAAGAAGAGAAAAGAAGGACGGAGUUAUCAUAAAACACCAAAACCAGCACAGGAUAAAAAGAAACCGACCCAGACCAAAUUCAGAAGAAACAAGCCUGGAUACUUAGGUUUGGCUCAGAACUGGCUGGAACAUUGGGCGGAUGUGUCUUGGAAAGCACUUGUAUGGUUCUUCUUUCUACUCUCUGAUAUAUGUGGCAUGAGUUUACACCUAUCUUUUGACCUCUGCACAUCGGCAUUCACACAGACAUACAUAAGCUCUCAGGUGGUGUGGCGUAAAAGCAAGAACUGGCUCUCAAAAAUGGCUAACAAUAAAUUUCUACUUUACAUUGAUAGGAAACUGGGACAUACAUAUUUUGGAUUCUGGAGAAAACUUAAAUGGUUCAAGAAAGAAACUGAAACGGAAAGGAAUAGUAAUGGAACUAAAUUGAACGCAAACAUACCAUUGCCUGCAACUGGGGAGGAAGCUAUGAAAAGAUUGCUAGCUUGUAAAGGGAAAGAUCCAUACAGCAUAUUAGGUGUGAGCGUGUCGUGUACUGACGAGGACAUAAAGCGCUACUACAGACGGCAGGCGUUCCUCGUGCACCCCGACAAGAACCCCCAGCCCGGCGCUGAAGAGGCCUUCAAGAUAUUACAGCACGCGUUUGACCUUAUAGGGGAACCGGAAUUAAGAGAAGCAUAUGAACGCCACGCACUCGAAUCUCGGCAUGUGGAGGCAGCUUGGAGCGAACUCAGUCAGCUGCUCACACAGUUGCAAGACAAAAUGGAGUUUGCUGCUAACACGAUAAGAUGUACGAACUGCGGACGUCGACAUAAGCGCGUGCUGACGGACAGGCCGUGCUACGCCGCGCGUUACUGCGCUCAGUGCAAGAUACGACACUCCGCUAAAGAGGGCGACAUCUGGGCGGAGUCCAGCCUGCUGGGCCUGCUGGUGAUGUACUACGCGUGUAUGGACGGCGGCGUCUACCAGAUCACGCAGUGGGCCAGCUGUCAGAAGAAGAACCUGAAGCAGUUGCGUGCGGACUGGCACGUGGUGCAGUACCGCAUCGUGCUCGGCAACAAGGCCGCCGACGUCAGCCACGCGCCCGCCGCCGCACACGCUGGUCACGAUCCUAAUUUGGAGGAAUUUUUAAACAAUUUAUACAGUAAGUCAGGUGUGUCCGCCAACGCGGCGAGCAAACCCGCGGACGCGGACAAGCGUCGCCGCGCGCGCAAACACAAGCCCUAACCACACAUACAAACACAAACACUCGAAUGACAGGGAUUUAUACAGAUGUUAUUAAAUACAAACAGCGCUAACAAACUACUGAAACAUU